CUUUGGCUAGAUGUCGCCCGUCUCCUCUCUCUCUCUCUUUUUUAAUGAUUAGAAUGUGUGACACUAUGUAGACGUGCAUGGAGAACCGGGAUCUCCAUUGCCCACCAGCACCUUCCCAGCCUUGUUUUCUCCUCGGACGGAUGGGUGGUGGCCCGGGGAAGGAAGACCCUCUGGUCUGACGGUCUGAGCAUCUCUUGUGUCCGGCACUGCAGCCUCCCCGAGCCUUUGCUUCCUAUAGGCACUUCAGCUUUUCAUGUUCCAGCCUCAGUGGUCUGGCCUAAACUGGCGGGGAGAAGGAAGCCACUGUGAUGUCACAGCUGCAUUGCCCUCUCCUUCGGUGGUAGGUACACGGCUCUCCAAAGCUGCUCCCAGGGUGUCAUCGUCCUCCUCCUCCUCCUCCGUGCAGUGCGAUGCAGGUGAAGGCUCUGCACUGAAGUCUAGACACUCUGUCUCUGGUGCUUCUCUGGAGUAGUUGAGGGUACCCGAGGUGAGAGUGAAAGGCAGCGCUGGAAUAACAGAGGGGCCCCUUCCUCCAGCCACUGGGAUGAGAGGAUGCCAGCCCAGUGAGGAAAGCGGUGCCUUGUUUUCUCUCCUCGCCUUCUCCUCUGUCGAUCUCUGCUGCCUUGCAAAGAACGGGUCAGCUUAACAGUUGCAAUUUCUGAGCAAUUCUGUCCAGGUGACUGUGUCCAGGUUAUGACGACUAAUCCAAAGCCAAACAAAGCAUUUAAGGUCAAGGAGGAGUCGGGAGAAAACGCCGCGGUGCUGAGCGACGAUGAACUCGUCUCGAUGUCUGUGCGGGAAUUGAACCAGCAUCUGCGAGGUCUCACGAAAGAGGAGGUGAUCCGCUUGAAGCAGCGGCGGCGCACCCUCAAGAACCGGGGCUACGCAGCCAGCUGCCGGAUCAAGCGGGUGACGCAGAAGGAGGAACUGGAGAGGCAGCGGGUGGAGCUUCAGCAGGAAGUGGCCAAGCUGGCUCGCGAGAACCGCAGCAUGAAACUGGAGCUGGACGCCUUGCGCUCCAAGUAUGAAGCCCUCCAGACCUUUGCGCGCACCGUGGCCCGCGGCCCCAUCACCCCCAGCAAAGUGGCCACCACCAGCGUGAUCACCAUUGUGAAGUCCACCGAAGUCUCCUCCAGCUCCGUGCCGUUUUCGGCAGCAUCCUAAUGUCCAAGGGGAGAGAGAACUCACCGCCUGGCUGGACUUUACAGAGCCCGCCUGCCUUUUCUCUCGAAUCAGACGACGUCCGUCUUUCCCCCCCAAAAAGAGCCAGCAAACCACCUGGUGGCAGACUCUUCGAAGAGGAAUUUAACUGGCUGCUUUACCUCUUGUUCAGUAAGCCCUUUGGGGCUGAAAUUGAAAUUCCGUAUCAAGCCCCAGCAAUCCGACGAGGGGUCUUGCGCAGCUCUUCCUUGGGGUCUCUUUUAGGCCCCAGUUGACACGAGGUAUUGAAGGAAUGUGUGUUAAAGGAAAAUUUAAGACAGAUAACAUGGUAGAAUCAUCAGUCCUGAUGGCAAAAUAGGGAAAAAAAAGAAAUUCUCUCUUCCUCUAGUUAGGAAAAAAAGCAGCCACAUCAUAGUUAUCUUUAUAGGUUGUGGGUGAUCGGGAUUUUGGAACAGGUACUGCAUCCAAAUUUCAUAGCCUGAGGUCUUUUCUCUCCAAAUUCAGAAAGCCUUCGUGAAUGAAUUUUCACCUCGUUGUCUGGUCCCUGGUAUUGCUCAGUCCCGGUCAGAUGGCCCAGCAAAAUGGAACAGCGUCUACAAUGCAAAAAUUUCACUGAAGCUGCUUCCCAUGAUGUGCCUGUGAAUUGGAUUUCCUUUUUAAUGUGGUUGUGUGGCUUCCAAACAAUACAUUUCAGCCUGUGUCAUCCAGGUUCUACAGCGUUGCAGGAAGGAAAAAAUGGGAAACUUAAGAAAAACGGGCAAUGUGGGUUCUGGACUUGGUGGCUAGAUUGUGGGGUAAAAAGAUAGUUUACUAGAAGAGGAACUUACAGUAAAGGAUAGUGCUAUAAAAUGAUGCCUUUGAAUCAGCAUGACUUAGAAACUUGAAAGGCUUAUAAAUCAAAGACAUGCCGGAAAAAAUGUGGGGUUUGGGGUUUUUUUGGACAAGGAAGAUUCAAAAAGAAAUAUGAAUUCAACCCACAGCCUUAUCCGUAACAUUUUUGCUGCCGUUACCCCCUUCUUUUGGUGCUCUUUGACAUCAAGAGAUGUCAAAAAUAAAAAGCAGAAAGAAUUAGGUCUAAAUACCUGCAAGGAAAUGGGCUCCUUAAGAUAAUGCUCAACAAGCUUGAAGACACGAAUUAUGUGGAGGAUCACAGGAAGGUUUAAAAGUUGGUACCUUUUUUUGAGACAAGUUAAAGUGGGAUGUGGGUCUCGUAGUUCUGAGGAACAGGGACAAAAUCAGAGCUCGUCAACAGGGUGAGAAGAAGGGAUGUAGGCAGCUGUUUGUAUGUGUGCAAAAAAUGAGGUGUCAGAGGAAUGAAUGAUGGUUAGCGUUGGGUUGUCAGUGAGGGUUGCUGAAGGCAACGAUGAAGAGAAAGGAAAUGAGGCUUGGAACUGUGAGUUGUGAAGUGAGUAAGUUGCCCUUUCAAAGUUCUUUUGAGCAGUUUCGUCAGGCUUCUAGAUUAAAGAGGUCUCAAACUUCCAAUGUGAAAACCGAAGGUGUAAAAUUGCUGCCCCCUUCUGCUUGGCUGAAGCAAACCCAGCAGAGAUAAAAUUCCAAUUUUGUAUUGGAAGCUGGGUGGAGGGGCACAGCUCCUGAGCAGCCCCACCAUGCAACAUUUACCUGGUGGUACCGUCCAGAUGUUCUGCCUCACCCCCAUCAUGUAGUGAUCCAGUCCUGAUUUCUGUUGCAGGGGUCUUACAUGUUUGCAUUCCCCCGUGUUGUCAGACGCUUCCCCUCUAUUGUGGUUGGAUUUGAAUUGAAGACCUAGUUCCUGUGGUGUUUCCUUGGGGUGUCUUAAAACUCCCACCUCUGUUCCCCUGUAGCUAAUACUGGUAGAUUGUGACCUCUUUUCUCUGGUGCAUCCAUAAAAGCUUCCUCAAAAGCAAAUAAGAAAGAGUAGCUGGCUUUUAACUUCAGUAUAGGUGCUGGGGGGUAAGUGCAUCCUGAAUGGAAAUUACUAACACUGUGAAUAUAGUCCUAGUGGUAUUGGGUGCACGGACAGCACAAAUCUUGUAUCACACCUUCGGCAUAUGCACACGUCUUACCACUUAACGCUCUUCUGUGCCGUUCAGUAGUCUAGUGGCGAGGGGGGGGGCUAACUUCGUCAGUGCCAGAUCACAAAUCGUUGGCUUCAGAUUAACUCAUAAGCGGGGGUCAUCCUCCAGCCUCCCCUAAUCCUCUUGAAGACAAGUUAAUGUCUGCUGUUUAUCCUUGCUGCUUUGGACUCCCUCGCAAAAAGUUUGAGGAAGAAAACAAGUUAGUUGCUUUAUCUUAUUUUUCUCUUAAAAUGUCCUUUGGAAUACCCUGGGUUCUCUGCGAGCUUCCUGGAUCCUUAACGCAGAGGAAGGGGUUAGAUUGCACUGUCUGAGUUUCAGAAAAUAAAUGCCAAUGGCCCGAAUGGGCAUAAGAAUGUCGGAAAGGUUUGCAUCCUCUCCCCUCCAGGGCCAGCUGGAAGCUGAACUCUGGGAAACGAGGGGCGAGUUAGCUGAGGUUCCACAAAGAUGGAAUAAUGUUUAGAGGUGCCUUCCCCAACCUGGUGUCCCACAAAUACGUCUCACUACAGCUAUCGUUGGCCCUUAGUCAACAAUGGUCAUUGUGUUCCUAGCUCCUGGUUGAAAGCUGCUACAUCUGAGGAAGAAAUGGACUAUUGAUGGAGGAGGCUGCUCCACCAUCCUAAAUUAUAAUAGUGCUCUUUCUGGAUUGGCUGAGUAUCCUGCUAGUGGUAGCUCUUGAGUCUAGCUUUGGCCUCCCCUUGCUAUGCUGAGCUGAGGUUCUCCUCAUCUCUGGUGUUGGAUGGGCAACCCUUGAUCAGCACCAGAAGAGGUCCCCCAUUUUUGAGUGGCACUUCCUUGUGACAGACGAAUUCCUCUACCCCAUAGUUUUAUGAGGUGGACAAGCAAUAACGGACCUGGAAAGAAGUUGAUGGGAGAUGCUCUGGUAACUAGACCCAUUGAAAUUCUGACUGUGUCUAAAGGAGCGCCAACUGUAGAGUUGGUUAGCACCAUCUGUGGUGGCCUUGCGUUGGAUAAAUGGGUUUAUCCCUAGAGAGUUGCACCAGUUUUUUUCUGUUGUGGUUAGGGCCUCUCACACUUUCCAUUGACCACCAUCUUUGCACUUUCUUCCCAGCAGCUGCCAAUACCUCGGCUACCCCUGUCCCAUGCUGGUGGCGCAUUGAAGGGGAAGUGAUGGCUGAUCAGACGAUGAGGCCGUUGCACAGGACGAGAUGAUAGUUGGGCUAACCCUCUGGUUAGGGGAAAACCACCUCUAAAGGAAGGAGUCAUCUUGAUCUCCAAAAGCAGCCAUCUUUGCUGCUUUUUUGAGAACAGAGAGUAGCUUCUGUGGGGUAAAAGCAUCUGGUGUCCAUUUCCCUUGCAAUCAGGCGUAGAAAGGCUUAAAUCAGAAUUAAAAGCUGUUGAUACCAUAGUCAUGGUAGGUAAUCCAUAUUGGAUAUCAAUUUAAGGGCCACUUGGAAAUAUUUGAGAGGCAUGCAUAUAGAUACAGAUAUAUGUGUGUGUGACUGUGUGUGUAUAUAUAUAUAUAUAUAUAUAUGAUUAUAUAUAUAUAACAUAACUAUAUACAUUUUAUCAUACAGGUUUUUUUUGUAAGAGAUAUGUGUAAUAUUGUUGGCUAUCUUAUUUAAAUCUAUAUACAAAAAAACAUAGGACAAGAGGGACCUAAGAAUUGGUGCCUGCUUUCUAUGCAGGGAUUGCCAAUCUCGGCCACUUUUAAGACUUGUGGACUUCAAUUCUGGGAGUUGAAGCCCACUAGUCUUAAAGUGGCCAAUGCUGGAGACCCCUGCAUCUAGGGAUGCUCAAAGUCCACAAUUCCCCUUCCAGAAGGAUGGAAGGACUGAAAGAGGGGUACAACACCCCAUCCAUCAUCCUGAGAGAGCUAGAAAGCAGUUAAUCCGCCUUUUUUCACUCUCUUCUUCCCCUCCCCCUCUUUAGGGACACUUAUCACCGUGAAGCUUUGGGGAGAAACACAGCCCUACAUUGUGUGCAAAACCACUGCCGCCUUUAAGAAAUGCACAUUUUUAAAAAAAAAAUGCCAUUUCAUUCAGCUGCCACUUCUCCCUUUCCUGCUAUUUAAUUCCCUGAGAAGUUUUUUGGGGGUGGGGGAAUCCCACUGCCUACAGGGAAAACCAGCAUACUGUGGCUUCAAUGUUUUUCAAAGUUGGCCACUUUAAGAUAGGGGGACUUCAACUCCCAGAAUUCCCCAAGCCAGCCAUACCAUGCUAGGAAAUUCUGGCCAUGGUGGCUGGGGAAUUCUGGGAGUUGAAGUCCACCCAUCUUAAAGUGGCCAAUUUUGAAAAAUACUGAUUUAAAUGAUGCUAAUGUGGGGAUAAAGUAAAGCUUCCUGGCAUAUUAUAAACUAGUAUUUUAUAUGCAAACAAUACUUGGCACUUCUCUUAGAUCCUAGGGGUUUUUUUUAUAGGCAGAGAUUCAUUUAAAAAAAAAAAAAAUCUCUCUCCCAUGGAUGAUAUGACUGAAAAUUCUCAGGUUGGUUCAGCCUCUGGUCUCACAAGACCCGUGAUCAUCCUGGAAUAUGUGAAAGCAGAUUAACUUGGCUUACACAUGAGCCUGGAAGGAUGCAUUUGGAUACCAAAAAUGCACAGCAGCCAAGUGGUGACUCUCCCUAACCGACGGGAAUUGUUUCCUGUUUUUAUUCCAGUUGUUUGUUUGUUUUUAAGUUGCAAGCUGCCCAAAGUUGAUUUGGGCAGCGCCUCUGUCAAAUCAAAUAAGAGAUUGCAUCUUAAUGGUGUAUAUAAAAAAUGAAGCACUUGCCUAUAUCAAAAUCAGAGGAAUUUAAUUUUUAAGGAAAGAAUUUUUCUUACAAUAUGGAUUAUUUUCCCCCCUGCCCCCUUUUUUUCUGUUACUACAUGCUUUAGAAAUUUAGCGUGUUUUAAUUGUUGUUGGCUGAUCCUAGUAUUUCCUCACAUCAUAAAAUUGUACUUCUUUUAAAAAAUAAAAUAAAAUUCACAUAUAUGGCUCCAGAUCUGGGCUGCAAAAAACUCAGAUGGCAGCAAAGAGUCUUCUGUAUCUCUCUCUCUUUUUUAUUUUUGCUUCUCUGGAUUUUUGCAGCUCAGAUCCAAAAGCUCUAAUCACAAGACCGUUCUGCUCUGUGGUUUCUGCAAACUUAAUUUUGUUUUGGUAUUUAUUUUUGUGUUGCUUUUUUAUUAUGAAAUAAAUUAUUGACAUAUCAAGUAAUGUGGGUGCCUGUCCUGUGAGGCGUAUGAUGUGCGUCCGUGUGUGUGUGCGUCCAAUUGAUUUUCAUUUGAAAACCUCUUCCCUUGUUUUAAUUUAUUGCUGUAAAUUUGAAGCUGCAACCAUUGUGGCUUUUUGGUAAGCUUUCCAAUAAAGCAUCUUCUGGUCUCA